UUUUGUUUGACUUUAUUCGCUGCGCUUGACGACCAGUUGCUGGGAGCAGGCGAGCCGCGCAACUUCUGAGUUAAUAACCAACUGUGAGUGUUAAUAAAAAUGAAGUCGUUUGUUGAAUAUACGAAAAACUGUCAGUUUCCUAUUGAAAAUUUACCUUACGGCGUAUUUUCUACUGCAAGCGAUGACACGCAUAGAAUUGGAGUUGCAAUUGGUGAUUUAAUUCUAGAUCUAAAAGAAAUUGCACAUUUAUUUGAUGGGCCGCUUCUAAAAACCAACCAACAUGUCUUUAAAGAAACAACGCUCAAUAGUUUCAUGUCUAUGCCCCACAAUGCCUGGAAGGAAGCACGUGAAACUUUGCAGAAACUUUUAUCGGUCGAUUGUCCCACGCUGCAAAAUAAUGCCGCAUUGAGAUCAAAGGCCUUCGUGGCGCAAUCGCACGCUACAAUGCACUUACCAGCACGCAUUGGCGACUACACCGACUUUUAUUCUUCGAUUCAUCACGCCACCAAUGUGGGGAUUAUGUUUCGUAGCAAGGAAAAUGCUCUAAUGCCAAAUUGGAAAUUUUUACCUGUUGGAUAUCAUGGUCGUGCGUCAUCUGUGGUCAUUUCCGGAACUCCAAUUAGAAGGCCUCAUGGUCAAAUUUUAGCUAUUGAAGGAGCUGAUCCUGUUUUCGGUCCCUGUAAACUCAUGGACUUUGAAUUAGAAGUUGCUUUCUUUGUUGGUGGACCUGCUAAUAAACUAGGUGAACCUAUUGAUGUUAAAACAGCUCACGAGAGGAUAUUUGGAUUUGUUGUGAUGAAUGAUUGGAGCGCCAGAGAUAUUCAAAAGUAUGAAUAUGUCCCCCUUGGACCAUUCACAGCUAAAAACCUUGGUACAUCGAUUUCUCCCUGGGUUGUCACAACUUUUGCAUUGGAACCCUUCAAAGUGCCAAACUUUGAACAAUCUCCACAACCAUUCCCUUAUCUACGCCAUGAAGACGCUUUUAACUUUGACAUCAAACUCGAAGUACAAUUGAUGCCUAAAGGAACCACCACACCAACCACAAUCUGUCAAUCUAACUAUAAAUAUCUCUACUGGACUGCAAAACAACAAUUAGCGCAUCAUUCCAUCACCGGUUGCAAUAUGAACGCAGGGGAUCUGCUUGCAAGUGGGACAAUCAGUGGAGAAACACCGGAUUCAUUCGGAUCCAUGUUGGAGUUGUCCUGGAAGGGCACCAAACCAAUGACGCUCAGCGACGGAUCACAGCGUAAGUUCUUGCAGGAUAAUGAUACAGUCAUCAUGCGUGGGUCGUGCGAACGCAACGGGUGCGUUAUCGGUUUUGGAGAUUGCGUAGGCACUUUGCUUCCAGCAUUAAAUAUGAAUUAAAGCAAAGGUUGUGUUGUUUUCAGUUGCCAUACGUUUGUUUAUAAAUAAAUGAAGAAUACAAAAAUA